GAUAUAAGUGAGUGGGUCAAGCUAAUUAGAAGGAAAAGGAGGAAAUAGUGAAAGACGGGUGCGUACGUCGUUCCAAGUAAAUCACUUUGUCGAGCCCUAAUUUUGAAUUUGUGCGCCAUUCCUAAAACAGUGCAGUGAAAAUCACGUAUCUGCGAUGGAGAUUCUGUAUUCGAAGCUCUACGACAAGUACACCAAACUCAAGUCUAAAAAACUCUCCGAUUUGGAUCACAUAAACAAAGAACAAGAAGUUAAAUUCGUGAAUUACUUGACGGCUGCGGAAGAGUUGAUAGAGCACUUGAAGAGCGAAAAGGAAGGACUUCUUGAACAAGUCAAUGAGUUGAGAACUGAAUUGGCUUCACUUAGGGCUGCCAAAGAGAAAGAGGUUGCGGAUUAUCAGAAGCUUUUUAUGGAGGAAAAAGAGAAAAAUGAAACUCUUUCUGAAGAAGUUGAGAAAUUGCUAAAGCUUCACCAGGAAAGAACAUGUCAUGAUUUAUAUAAUAACAGCAAGAUCAAGACCGUAGAUGAUCAGUUUAAGGCAAACUCCAACAGCUCAUCUAUAAGAAUGACAAGAAAACGUACAAGGCAGAUUGCUUUGGAGAAAGAAACAAUUCCAUCUUUUGAAAAUGAAGGUAAUUCUGUGGAGAGAGAAUCAACACAAAAUGCUUGCAAGGAGAGUGCUUCUGAUAAGCUGCUGGAGUGCUGUACCAAGGCUAAUGAUCAAUCUGGCAUUGAUUUACAUGAAAGUGGUCAUGGUAACGGGCUUAUUCAAGUUCUUUUUGAGUAUGCACUGGGCAUGAAAUUAUCCACUGACUAUCAAACAGGACGAAUAUGCAUGUCUGCUCUGCAUCAAUCAAGCGGUUACUCCUUCAGUUUAUCGUGGAUUGGCAAAUCACCAGGAGAGGAGGAAGCAGAGCUGCUGUACCAUGUUAUAUCUCUAGGCACAUUUGAAAGAGUGGCACCGGAAUGGAUGAAGGAGGACAUCAUGUUCAGCCCUAGCAUGUGCCCCAUCUUCUUUGAAAGGAUAUCUCGUGUUAUCAAGUUGAACCACUAGUGUUCUUUUGUAGCAUUGAUCCGCCGAAUCUGUAUUUACUGUACAUAUUAACUGCUUAAUUUUUAUUUGGAGAACACUAAGUUGAUUUUUGCGUGUAGAUUAGUUUGUUUCUCUCCAAUCCCAUUUCAUAUUCCAUUAGCUAAUUCAAAGAAUCUGUAAGGUUAUUUGGAAGAGCUUGUAUAGCUUAGCUCGUUGUGUACUACAGCAAGAAUUUAAUUAAGCUUAUGAAGGGAACGUGAUUUUAAGAAAGGGACUUA